UAAAGGGGCUGAUACACUGUAGGGGGUUAGUUUGUGCACAGACACAGAACAGGAAGGAGCACAGAACAGGACAGGAAGGAGCACAGAACAGGACAGGAAGGAGCACAGAACAGGACAGGAAGGAGCACAGACACCGAACAGGAAGGAGCACAGAACAGGACAGGAAGGAGCACAGAACAGGACAGGAAGGAGCACAGACACCGAACAGGAAGGAGCACAGAACAGGACAGGAAGGAGCACAGAACAGGACAGGAAGGAGCACAGACACCGAACAGGAAGGAGCACAGAACAGGACAGGAAGGAGCACACAUCAGAAUAUAACAGCUGGUUUCACAUGUUUUGUUUGAUUCAUUAAUUUCCUUCCCACGUGCUAAAAUGUGUAAAGGACUGUCCUCCCUUCCCUCGUCAUGCUUGGAGAAAGCAAAGGGGAUGCGGGUGAAGUUGAGUCACCUGGCUGACAAACAGGAGUGGACACAUCACAAACACAGGGUCCAUGAGGACAGAACUCUUCGGGAUCUGGAGUCUCUACUCAACAGCAAGAUUGGCCAGAAAGCUUUCCUCUGGUUCCUGCAGUCUGAGUUCAGUGAGGAGAACCUGCAGUUCUGGUUGGCCUGUGAGGAGUACAGGGUUACCCCCCCAUGGCAGCAGGGGGCCAAGGCCCAGUCUAUGUACUGCCAAUACAUCAACCCUGGUUCACCACAGGAGGUGAACCUGGAUGCUGAGACCAGGGAGGCUCUACUGAGAGUGAUGGAGGAGCCUGCAGGCAACACAUUCCACGAGGCCCAACAACACGUCUACCACCUGAUGGCCAAAGACUCUUAUCCUCGCUUCCUGCGCUCCCCACACUGCCUGGAGGCCCUUAGGGUUCCUUAGAUAUUCCACAGCGCCACCUGCUGCCCUGGAGGACCACACAACAACAUAAUAACAAGCUGUGUUUUAUAACUACAUUAGAAUUUAUAUCAUUUAUAUUUAUUCUCAAGUCUUAGUAGACACUCAUAUGUGAGUUGUAAGAUGUUUGUGUUUAUCAUAAAUAUGGUAUAAAUAUGGUAUAUGUCCAUCUAGUUCCUAAUCAAGUGUUUUGACAGGAACUGAGAUCAUGAGUAUUCUAGACAAAUCAAAUUGGUCCAUACACAUAUUUAACAUGUUAUUGGUCCAUAUUUAACAGAUGUUAUUGGUCCAUAUUUAACAGAUGUUAUUGGUCCAUAUUUAACAGAUGUUAUUGGUCCAUAUUUAACAGAUGUUAUUGGUCCAUAUUUAACAGAUGUUAUUGGUCCAUAUUUAACAGAUGUUAUUGGUCCAUAUACAUAUUUAACAGAUGUUAUUGGUCCAUACACAUAUUUAACAUGUUAUUGGUCCAUACACAUAUUUAACAUGUUAUUGGUCCAUACACAUAUUUAACAUGUUAUUGGUCCAUACACAUAUUUAACAGAUGUUAUUGGUCCAUACACAUAUUUAACAUGUUAUUGGUCCAUACACAUAUUUAACAUGUUAUUGGUCCAUACACAUAUUUAACAUGUUAUUGGUCCAUACACAUAUUUAACAUGUUACUGGUCCAUACACAUAUUUAACAUGUUAUUGGUCCAUACACAUAUUUAACAUGUUAUUGGUCCAUACACAUAUUUAACAGAUGUUAUUGGUCGAUAUUUAACAUGUUAUUGGUCCAUACACAUAUUUAACAUGUUAUUGGUCCAUACACAUAUUUAACAGAUGUUAUUUGUCCAUACACAUAUUUAACAUAUGUUAUUGGUCCAUAUUUAACAUGUUAUUGGUCCAUAUUUAACAGAUGUUAUUGGUCCAUAUUUAACAGAUGUUAUUGGUCCAUAUUUAACAGAUGUUAUUGGUCCAUACACAUAUUUAACAGAUGUUAUUGGUCCAUACACAUAUUUAACAGAUGUUAUUGGUCCAUACACAUAUUUAACAGAUGUUAUUGGUCCAUACACAUAUUUAACAGAUGUUAUUGGUCCAUACACAUAUUUAACAUGUUAUUGGUCCAUAUUUAACAUGUUAUUGGUCCAUACACAUAUUUAACAGAUGUUAUUGGUCCAUACACAUAUUUAACAUGUUAUUGGUCCAUAUUUAACAUAUGUUAUUGGUCACAUACACAUAUUUAACAGAUGUUAUUGGUCCAUAUUUAACAGAUGUUAUUGGUCCAUACACAUAUUUAACAGAUGUUAUUGGUCCAUAUUUAGCAGAUGUUAUUGGUCCAUAUUUAACAGAUGUUAUUGGUCCAUAUUUAACAGAUGUUAUUGGUCCAUAUUUAACAGAUGUUAUUGGUCCAUACACAUAUUUAACAGAUGUUAUUGGUCCAUACACAUAUUUAACAGAUGUUAUUGGUCCAUAUUUAACAGAUGUUAUUGGUCACAUACACAUAUUUAACAGAUGUUAUUGGUCACAUACACAUAUUUAACAGAUGUUAUUGGUCCAUAUUUAACAGAUGUUAUUGGUCCAUACACAUAUUUAACAGAUGUUAUUGGUCCAUAUUUAGCAGAUAUUAUUGGUCCAUAUUUAACAGAUGUUAUUGUUCCAUACACAUAUUUAACAGAUGUUAUUGGUCCAUACACAUAUUUAACAGAUGUUAUUGGUCCAUAUUUAACAGAUGUUAUUGGUCCAUACACAUAUUUAGCAGAUGUUAUUGGUCCAUAUUUAACAGAUGUUAUUGGUCCAUACACAUAUUUAACAGAUGUUAUUGGUCCAUAUUUAGCAGAUGUUAUUGGUCCAUACACAUAUUUAGCAGAUGUUAUUGGUCCAUAUUUAACAGAUGUUAUUGGUCCAUAUUUAACAGAUGUUAUUGGUCCAUACACAUAUUUAACAGAUGUUAUUGGUCCAUACACAUAUUUAACAGAUGUUAUUGGUCCAUAUUUAACAGAUGUUAUUGGUCACAUACACAUAUUUAACAGAUGUUAUUGGUCACAUACACAUAUUUAACAGAUGUUAUUGGUCCAUAUUUAACAGAUGUUAUUGGUCCAUACACAUAUUUAACAGAUGUUAUUGGUCCAUAUUUAGCAGAUAUUAUUGGUCCAUAUUUAACAGAUGUUAUUGUUCCAUACACAUAUUUAACAGAUGUUAUUGGUCCAUACACAUAUUUAACAGAUGUUAUUGGUCCAUAUUUAACAGAUGUUAUUGGUCCAUACACAUAUUUAGCAGAUGUUAUUGGUCCAUAUUUAACAGAUGUUAUUGGUCCAUACACAUAUUUAACAGAUGUUAUUGGUCCAUAUUUAGCAGAUGUUAUUGGUCCAUACACAUAUUUAGCAGAUGUUAUUGGUCCAUAUUUAACAGAUGUUAUUGGUCCAUAUUUAACAGAUGUUAUUGGUCCAUACACAUAUUUAGCAGAUGUUAUUGGUCCAUAUUUAACAGAUGUUAUUGGUCCAUACACAUAUUUAACAGAUGUUAUUGGUCCAUACACAUAUUUAGCAGAUGUUAUUGGUCCAUAUUUAACAGAUGUUAUUGGUCCAUACACAUAUUUAACAGAUAUUAUUGGUCCAUAUUUAACAGAUGUUAUUGGUCGAUAUUUAACAGAUGUUAUUGGUCACAUACACAUAUUUAACAGAUGUUAUUGGUCCAUACACAUAUUUAACAGAUGUUAUUGGUCCAUACACAUAUUUAACAGAUGUUAUUGGUCCAUACACAUAUUUAACAGACGUUAUUGGUCCAUAUUUAACAGAUGUUAUUGGUCUAUAUUUAACAGAUGUUAUUGGUCCAUACACAUAUUUAACAGAUGUUAUUGGUCCAUAUUUAACAGAUGUUAUUGGUCCAUACACAUAUUUAAAAGAUGUUAUUGGUCACAUACACAUAUUUAACAGAUGUUAUUGGUCCAUACACAUAUUUAACAGAUGUUAUUGGUCCAUACACAUAUUUAACAGAUGUUAUUGGUCCAUAUUUAACAGAUGUUAUUGGUCCAUAUUUAACAGAUGUUAUUGGUCCAUAUUUAACAGAUGUUAUUGGUCCAUACACAUAUUUAACAGAUGUUAUUGGUCCAUAUUUAACAGAUGUUAUUGGUCACAUACACAUAUUUAACAGAUGUUAUUGGUCCAUAUUUAACAGAUGUUAUUGGUCCAUACACAUAUUUAACAGAUGUUAUUGGUCCAUAUUUAGCAGAUGUUAUUGGUCCAUAUUUAACAGAUGUUAUUGGUCCAUAUUUAACAGAUGUUAUUGGUCCAUAUUUAACAGAUGUUAUUGGUCCAUAUUUAACAGAUGUUAUUGGUCCAUACACAUAUUUAACAGAUGUUAUUGGUCCAUACACAUAUUUAACAGAUGUUAUUGGUCCAUAUUUAACAGAUGUUAUUGGUCACAUACACAUAUUUAACAGAUGUUAUUGGUCACAUACACAUAUUUAACAGAUGUUAUUGGUCCAUAUUUAACAGAUGUUAUUGGUCCAUACACAUAUUUAACAGAUGUUAUUGGUCCAUAUUUAGCAGAUGUUAUUGGUCCAUAUUUAACAGAUGUUAUUGUUCCAUACACAUAUUUAACAGAUGUUAUUGUUCCAUACACAUAUUUAACAGAUGUUAUUGGUCCAUACACAUAUUUAUCAGAUGUUAUUGCGGGAAAGGGAAAUGCUUGUGUUCCGAGCUUCAACAGUGCAGUAGUAUCUAACAUUUCGCUGAGUAACUCGUCUUACUAGAUGCUCUUCGGUAGAGGGAGUUAUAACUGUAUUAGUAUGAGAAACGUGUAUGUGCCCACAUGUAUGUGCACCAGGAUUACAUGUAUGUGCUCAGGAUUACAUGUAUGUGCUCCAGGAUUACAUGUAUGUGCCCAGGAUUACAUGUAUGUGCUCAGGAUUACAUGUAUGUGCACCAGGAUUACAUGUAUGUGUCCAGGAUUACAUGUAUGUGCUCAGGAUUACAUGUAUGUGUCCAGGAUUACAUGUAUGUGUCCAGGAUUACAUGUAUGUGCCCAGGAUUACAUGUAUGUGCCCAGGAUUACAUGUAUGUGCCCAGGAUUACAUGUAUGUGCCCAGGAUUACAUGUAUGUGCACCAGGAUUACAUGUAUGUGCCGAGUUCAUUGGAUCGCAUGUAGAAUGAACUGUAGCCGUAACGAGAAACCUGUGGACUUUAUGUUCUGGUGAGGUUUGGGC